AUGCCCACUUGGGGAGACCAAAUCGACCCCAAGCAAACCUCCACUAUGCGGUCCUUUGAUCGCUUUCUACUCCGCCUGGUGGCCUAUGAUUUGGAGGCACCUUCCGUGCAACCACGAGCAUCCGUCCGAGUGGAAAAUAGCCUGGUGACGAGGGAUAAACACCUCGCUUUCGGAAUUGUCGGCGUGGUAGGUGUGAGAGAAGAAGCUGAGAGUAGGAGGGAUCAGAUGGUCAAGAUGGGAAAAGGCUACGGAGAUGAGAUGAGAUUGUGGGAAGAUUGUGUGUUCAGGGAAGAUGAGAGGGGACACCGGGCGGCUUCUUUCUUGAUUUGUGGAGUAAUUCGUGAUAGUCAACUAGAGGUUCGAGUCGAGGUACUUCACACCGAUGAUAAAUCUGCCUAUUACGAUGAGCUUAAUACCUUCAACAAGUUUGGUGAAUGA